CCCUAAUCGGUCGUCGCUCUCUACUCUCUCGCUUCUUUCUCUAGUUCUUUCCUUCUGCUACCUCUUCUCUUCCAGAAAAGGCCUAAAACCCUAGACGUUGUUCUUAUCGCCUCGCCUCUCUCUUCUCGUUUCCUCUAGAGGAAUCCGAAAACCACAAAAAAAAAAAAAAAGGAAAACAAUCGCCCUCUCCCUCUCUCGAUUCUCUACUCUGUUCUCUGUGCUCUCGGCUAGCUAAGGAGGCCGCUCGUUUCGUACUAAAUCAACAGAGAUGGUUUCGAUCCAGGAGAGAGGGAGAUCGACGACACUCAAACCUCGUCGGCGGGGAUGGCAACCUCGCCGCCGGCUGGAAUGGGUUUCGACGAGGAAAUAGAGGAAGGAAGGCGCCUCCGACUAUGGAAGGUGGCACCGCCGGCGACGACUAGAUCUGGAAAGAAGAGAAAUAAAUCACCACCACCGGCAGACGACGAUGAUCGAGAAGAAAGCACAGCGGAGGCGGAGGACAGAUCCCUCGGCGAUGGUGGACGAAUCCUAGGCAAGUCUCACGGAUUGCAUGUUUCGAUUUCUGGGUUUUUGGAGUAGCCAAGUUUCUGACCUUGUUUUGAUUUUUUUUGGGUUGCUUUUGGUUUUCUAUCGAGGGAGGAGAUGAAAUGUGGGUGCCAUAGGCGAAAAAUGGUCUUGCUAUCGGCGAGAACCGCCGGCAACAGGAUAAGAGGACCGGAUGAGAGAAGUGGGUAGGUUUGGGUAAGGAUCUCCUAAACUAAGUUAGUGUGAUUAGGGAAUUUGAACUAAAAAAAGAUUAUAUGAUUUGUAGGAUAACUAACAGAUCUGGGUUUGGAAACUUAUGGCUGAGUUUGGAGAGAUUUAGCAAAAAAAUUUAUGGUUAGAUUUAACAAUUUGGGAUUGCCUGUUCUUUGCUAAAAAAAACUGGGAUUUUGGGGUGUAUAUGGAAUUAGCUAUGUGUAGUAGUGAUUUUCGUGGAAACUUGGAUCUUGGUCUAGAUGGGAUUUUUCUGAACUUGGCUUAGUGUGGUUGAAGGGUAAAAAUUGGAAAAGAAAUGUGAUUUUUACCAAGUUGCAGAUCUGAUGAGUUUCAAACCCAAAACAUCGAUUGUGAAUUUAUAAAAAAAAAAAAAAAAGAGACUUUCUGUGUAUGUGCUUGUGAUGAUACAUAGAGGUUUGGUUGUAUUUCAUUUAAAGCUAGAAAUGCAUGGUUGUUGCUUCUGCCUAAGAUAGGUAAUAAGAAAUGCAUCUUUGUGUAAUGAAAAUAAAAAUUGCUUACUUUGGCUUCUAUGAAUCACUGCUACUGCAUGCGAUUCUUGCUAGACAAUGGUUAUCAAUGAUUAUAAAUCACUUACUAGUUUUGUGCCCGCCCGAUGGGCGGCGAGUUCAUUUGUUUGUACUUUUCCUUCUAUUAUUUGUCAUUUUUUCCAAAGAUAUCAAAUUCCUACUGUUUAUAUUUAUUUAUGAUUGUACUCUAGGUUUUAAUGAUGAUCAACAAUAAAGUCAAACAACGUUGUAACUUCAUCACUGCUUGGAAAAUAUUAUUCAUGACCAUCGGAUAUUUCAUUGACCAACAAUUGUCAACUUCAUAAGUUGUACAUGGUUUAACCUCGUGUACGCCACCUUACCGUACUCCUAUAGAGUUGGUAUUUAGACCAUGAAUUAACGGAGUUUGGCACAUGAUGUUAUACCAUAUUCUCUAAUAGGUGAAACACAAUCUUUAAUUCUCUAAUCCAAAUCGUACGAUUCAUUUAAUGAAAAAUAAUAACCACCGAUUCUUAUUCGUCAAAAUAUAUUAACAUACAACUAAUAGGUAUGAAUGAAGGUGCAUAUUACACCUCAAGUGUAUGCUAGCCUUUUCCACCAUUAUAUCAAAGUACAACCAAACUAUUCUGAUAUGCUUCUUACCUUCAACAUUGUACGAAUUAUAUCAAAGCAAAUGUUAGUUAUGGAGACACUUUGUCUUCACUUAACAUUAUCCUCCCAUAUUUAAUAUGUGACUAACUGUAACUGGAAUUGUAUGAUAACUUAAUACAAACAUAAAGGUGCUCUGUUGUGCAGUCAGUAUAGUAACUGAAUUUACAGGACAUCUGAUAUGAUCUUGCGUUGGUUUUACAGGACACCGGUCCGGGUACAUCCCACCCUAGUAUACAUGACAUCGGUUAGGAUAUGAUCUGCAUUGGAUUUAUAGGACACCAGUCUAGGUACGAUCUGUGGUGGUAUGCAUGUCAUCUACUAUACUACCCGAGGAGUGUAUGACUUGGCAAAUUAAGAUGUAAAAUGCAAUGAACCUAACCAUGCAUGUGAUUGAAUCAUUGUAUAAAUAUUACUUAUGAUGUGGUUAAGUGAUUACUUUCUAUGAUGUGAUAUAUGAAAUGUGAAUGUCAAUGAUGAUGGAUUUCUAUGGUGUUUUAUACAAUGAUUUAAGAUUGGAUGAUAUGAUGUUUUGUUGUGUUGGGACAGGGGUUACAUGGUAAUGCCAGUAUGAUGUGAUAUUUGAUGCAUGCAUGUUUAAACAAUGAGUUAUUAAGAGACUGGGUGAUGGUCCUUAUGUUGUGAAGUAUGAAUUUUUUGAGUUUGAGAUGAUGAAUGUGAUAUGACAUGUGGUGAUGAAUGGAUGUUUAUUUGACUAAAUAAGAUAUAUCAUAU